UUGCCCAAAAAUUGAGUUUUUUGUUUUCCUCGGAAUUUGCAGCUUUGGGUAUUAAACUUUGCUAUGGAAAAAUAAUUUUCCACUUAUUUUCAUUAUUUUUGCCUUUUUGAGCGAUUUUAAAAUUCCCGCUCUGACUAAUGGCGUGGUUACCAUGGCAACGAGAAGAGCAUUUUUUAAUUUUUCAGUUGUUUAUGACGUGUUAUUCUGGCAACCAAGCUCCAAACGGGCAGGAUUUAACGAGAGAUACUUUAUUUAGUCUUAUCUGAAGAGUUUUCUAGGGUCAAAACCAUUAUGGGAUAGAUUUAGAGGCAGUUUUGGUCGAAUGUGACACUCGGUGUACUCGGAGCAAUCAAAGGAAAAGUUAUAAUCAAAGGAAAAGUUGUAUCGAAAAUGGUCGGAAAGAAAAGUAGAUCUGUCUACAGGAAGAAAAGAAAGAGAAAUUUUUCUGGAAGGCGAAAACAGAAAGAAGAGUCUGAAGAAACAGCUCCUGAUGUUGACGAAAUCGCCGCCUCAACUCCGAGCACUUCGCGGGAUGAAAAUCAGCUCUCCGACUCGGACUCUAAAGAAACCGUUGGUUCCUUUAGAAUUUAUCCAAACAUCUGUUGAACCUGAAGGCUAGAACUAAAGGGAAACUAGCUGAUGGCAAACCUAUUGGUGGUAUAGGGAGACUGUCUGACACAAGAAUAAAGAAGUUCCAGAAAGAUUAUGGACUUGCAAUUCGGCAAAAUACCAUCAGGAAAUCCAAUCCAGGAAGAAGGGAGGUGGAGGUUGCAGUUUAUGGAAUGAAAAAAAACAUUAUUGCAAUACUCCAUCACAAUGUUGAGUCAAAUGACCCAGCCAAACAGCAUCGAUUUUGUCCACCAGGGGAAUCCUCCUGGUGUAAAUGGAAGCAAGACAAAGCAACAGGAACAUCUACAUACAGUAGUGGUAACUGUUUGCCAGAGGUCUUUCUUGAUGUCUUGAAACCCACUUUUAUGACUCUAAGUGACUCGAAAUUGCUAGAGAGGUGUGUGUUGGGAACAACACAAAAUCCCAAUGAGUGUGUUAACUCAAUGGUGUGGGUACGGUGUCCUAAACAUAAACACCAUAGUGUAAAAGUAAUUCGGUGUGCUGCGGCAUCAGCAGUCUGCCACUACCAUAAUGGAACUUCUAGUAGGCUAAAAAUCAUGGAGAGGCUUUGUAUCCCUGGUGGUGUUUGUACAAGAGUGGCAACACAUGCAAAAGACAGUAAAAGAUUGGCUAAGUCCGAUUUGCAGGUUAUGCAGAAGGAAAAGAGACGGCAUCAAGGGGAGCGACUUCUGAGGACUCGUCGAGAGGAAGCCCUUCGAGAAGCUGAAGGAGUUACUUAUGAACCAGGAUGUUUUUAAAUUACUUUUAGAUACUCCUGUGGACAAAAUAUGGACACUUGGGCCACUAUAGUGGUUACAUAUUGUAAAAAAUUAAGUUUGAUUGCUAUCUGUAAGUUUAAAGGCCAUUUUCUCAUUACGCAAUAAUUUUGUCUUCAAGAAAAGAUAUCUUGACAACAAUUUAUCCAAUUGAUCUGAAAUUUUCAGCAUUUGUUCCUUUUGAUAAGUUUUGUGUUAUAAGCAGAGCAAUUUUCCAUAUGAUGUAUGUACUUAAAGUUAUGAAGUGAAACACCCCUCUGAUUUUCCAUGUCAAAUUUAAUUGAUCAUCAUUUAAAAUGUUUUCAACAUAUUAGAAAUCCCUCUGCUUAUAACAAUAAGCAACAUGUCUUCUUUGAAUUGAUACUAAAAAUGUUAUUUUUCAUUAAUUCCAGAAGGAGUUAUCUUUUCUUAAGUAACCCCUGGUAGAACCCAGCAGGUGGCUCAAUUAAAUGAGUGGUAUCCUAUUACAAUUGACAUGUUGAGUCUGAAAUAUUUUUUUUCAUGAUCUUCAAGUCAUAAGCUUUCCAGGGAUAUAUAGUUUGCCUAAGUUUUGAAGUAAGUCCUAGCUGUGAAAAAUGAGUGAAAAAUGGGCAUUUUUUCAGGUUUACCCCCGCCUUAAGGGU